AUGGGUCGCCUAAAGUCACAACCUGCAAUCAAGGCCAUCGAGGAAGAGCCCGAGGACUUUGAGAGUACCGACUCAAGCAAUACAGUUACAUUAGCAUGCAUGAUUGAUACAGAAAUUGCUGCCGUUUUGGCGGUUAUGAGGAGAAAUGUCAGAUGGGGAGGUCGAUACAUGUCGGGUGAUGAUCAGCUAGAACACUCAUUGAUUCAGUCGUUGAAAGCUCUAAGAAAACAAAUAUUCUCAUGGCAGCAGCUAUGGCAUACAAUUACUCCGGUAUUGUACCUCCAGCCUUUUCUAGAUGUGAUACGGUCAGAUGAAACUGGAGCACCAAUAACCAGCAUUGCUUUGUCAUCGGUUUACAAGAUUUUGACUCUUGAUGUAAUUGAUCAAAACACUGCAAAUAUUGAGGAUGCUAUGCACUUGGUGGUCGAUUCUGUGACAAGCUGCCGAUUUGAGGUGACAGAUCCUGCAUCAGAAGAGGUUGUGCUGAUGAAGAUACUUCAGGUUCUUCUGGCAUGCAUGAAAAAUAAAGCAUCAGCUGUGCUCAGCAAUCAGCAUGUUUGCACCGUAGUCAACACUUGUUUCCGUAUCGUUCACCAAGCAGGAAUGAAAGGAGAGUUAUUGCAACGUGUAGCUCGGCACACCAUGCAUGAACUGGUUAGAUGUAUCUUUUCGCACCUCCCAGAUAUUGACCGAACAGAAAAUGCCCUUGUUAAUAGAGCCGGAAGCUUUGACCAAGAGAGUGCUGGUGUAGACAGUGAUUAUACCUUCGGGAGUAAGCCAACUAACAUUGGGAACGCUAACUCUGAUUAUGACACCGAAAAUUCUUUGGCAACUUUUGCAUCUGGUGUUCCCGGUGUGAUGGAUGAUGGAACAGUCGGUGCUGGAAGCAGAAAAGAUGCUUCACCAUAUGAUUUGCAUCUAAUGACAGAGCCAUAUGGAGUUCCGAGUAUGGUCGAAAUAUUUCACUUUUUAUGCUCAUUAUUAAAUGUGGUUGAACAUGUUGGAAUGGCCCCUCAGUCAAACACUAUAGCAUUUGAUGAAGAUGUGCCUCUGUUUGCAUUGAGCUUAAUCAACUCAGCAAUAGAAUUGGGUGGGGCAUCCAUCCGGCAUCACCCCAGAUUGUUAAGCCUGGUUCAGGAUGAGUUAUUCCGUAACUUGAUGCAAUUCGGCUUGUCAAUGAGUCCACUUAUUCUUUCGAUGGUUUGCAGCAUUGUGCUCAAUGUGUAUCAUCAUCUACGUACUGAACUUAAACUGCAGCUGGAGGCAUUCUUUUCUUGUGUGAUUCUGAGGCUUGCACAGGGCAAAUACGGGGCCUCAUAUCAGCAGCAAGAGGUUGCUAUGGAGGCUCUUGUUAACUUCUGCAGGCAGAAGACUUUUAUGGUGGAGAUGUAUGCCAAUCUCGAUUGUGAUAUAACUUGUAGCAAUGUGUUCGAAGAUCUCUCUAAUCUUCUUUCGAAGAGUGCAUUUCCCGUGAACUGCCCUUUGUCGGCAAUGCACCUUCUUGCCUUGGAUGGCCUAAUUGCUGUUAUUCAGGGAAUGGCUGAGAGGAUUGGUAAUGGGUUGACUGGCUUGGAUCUAGGUCCUGUUCACCUCGACGAGUACACGCCUUUCUGGAUGGUCAAGUGUGACAAUUACAGUGAUCCGAAUCAUUGGGUUUCAUUUGUCCGCAGGAGAAAGUAUAUCAAGAGAAGGUUGAUUAUCGGGGCAGAUCAUUUUAACCGGGAUCCAAAGAAAGGGUUAGAGUUUCUGCAAGGGACACAUCUUUUGCCUGACAAACUUGACCCCCAAAGUGUAGCUUGUUUUUUCAGGUAUACCGCUGGAUUGGAUAAGAAUCUUGUUGGGGAUUUUCUCGGAAAUCACGAUGAAUUCUGUGUUCAAGUUCUCCAUGAAUUUGCUGGGACUUUCGAUUUCCAGGACAUGAAUCUGGAUACUGCACUCCGGCUCUUCUUGGAAACUUUCAGGUUGCCCGGAGAAUCACAGAAGAUACAGAGAGUGCUUGAGGCAUUCUCUGAAAGGUACUAUGAGCAAUCACCACAUAUUUUUGCUAACAAGGAUGCUGCUCUCUUGCUCUCGUACUCUCUUAUUAUGCUCAACACUGACCAGCACAAUGUUCAAGUAAAGAAGAAGAUGACAGAAGAGGAUUUCAUUCGUAAUAAUAGACAUAUCAAUGGAGGGAGCGACCUACCCCGGGAAUAUCUUUCUGAACUCUAUCACGCUAUCUGCAACAACGAGAUUCGUACUUCUCCAGAACAAUGUGCCGGUUACCCUGAAAUGACUCCCAGUCGUUGGAUAGAUUUGAUGCAUAAAUCUAAGACAACUGCUCCAUACAUUGUGGCUAACUCGAGGGCCUAUCUUGACCAUGACAUGUUUGCCAUUAUGUCUGGUCCAACCAUAGCCGCCAUAUCUGUUGUAUUCGACCAUGUGGAACACGAAGAUGUUUACCAGACAUGUAUCGACGGAUUCUUGGCUGUUGCUAAAAUAUCUGCUUGCCAUCAUCUUGAAGAUGUGCUUGAUGACCUGGUUGUGUCUCUCUGCAAGUUCACGACUCUGUUGAAUCCGUCAUCUGUCGACGAACCAGUUCUUGCAUUUGGUGAUGACACGAAGGCAAGGAUGGCAACUGUUACUGUUUUUACGAUUGCAAACAAGUAUGGGGAUUAUAUCCGAACGGGUUGGAGGAACAUUUUGGACUGCAUAUUACGGUUACAUAAACUCGGCCUUCUGCCAGCACGUGUAGCCAGUGAUGCAGCUGAUGAAUCCGAGCUUUCAUCCGAUCCAGGUCAAGGGAAGCCCAUAACGAAUUCUCUAUCUUCGGUUCAUUUACCGUCAAUGGGAACUCCGAGGAGAUCUUCGGGUUUGAUGGGGAGGUUUAGUCAGCUACUUUCGCUCGACGCAGAAGAGCCAAGAUCACAACCUACUGAACAACAGCUUGCUGCUCAUCAACGCACCAUUCAAACAAUCCAGAAAUGCCACAUCGACAGCGUCUUCACGGAAAGCAAGUUUCUUCAAGCUGAAUCGCUGCUGCAACUUGCACGUGCCCUCAUUUGGAUGGCAGGGAGGCCUCAAAAGGGAAACGGUUCUCCAGAGGAUGAGGAUACAGCGGUUUUCUGCCUGGAAUUGCUUAUUGCGAUCACUCUUAACAACAGAGACAGGAUUGUUCUUCUCUGGCAGGGUGUUUAUGAACACAUUGCUAAUAUUGUUCAGUCGACGGUAAUGCCCUCUGCUUUAGUAGAGAAAGCCGUCUUUGGUCUCCUCCGGAUUUGCCAGAGACUGCUGCCUUAUAAGGAGAGCCUGGCCGAUGAACUUUUGAGAUCACUUCAGCUUGUAUUGAAACUCGAUGCUCGUGUUGCCGAUGCUUAUUGUGAACAAAUCGCUCUUGAAGUCAGCCGCCUUGUGAAAGCUAACACGAGCCACAUCAGGUCCCAGGCAGGGUGGAGAACAAUCACUUCCCUACUCUCAAUCACGGCUCGGCAUCCCGAAGCUUCCGAAGCAGGGUUCGACGCCAUAUCGUUUGUUAUGUCCAGUGGAGCUCACUUAUUACCGGCUAACUAUAUACUCUGUAUCGAUGCGGCAAGACAGUUUGCCGAGUCUCGGGUUGGACAAUCCGAGCGGUCGAUUCAUGCCCUCAAUCUAAUGGCAGGUUCUGUGGAAUGUUUGGUCAAGUGGGCUCAUACGGCUAAGGAGAGUAUGAGAGAAGAUGAAUCUGGAAGGAUGGUCCAAGAUAUUGGGGAGAUGUGGUUAAGGCUUGUUCAGGGACUGAGAAAAGUGUGCUUAGACCAGAGAGAGGAUGUCAGAAAUCAUGCCCUACAGUCAUUACAGAAGUGCUUGGCCGGGAUCGGGAUCCACGGGAUCCAGAUCGGUCACAGCAUUUGGUCUCAGUGCUUCGACAAAGUAAUCUUCACGGUCCUCGACGACUUGCUCGAAAUCGCUCAGGGAUCGCAAAAGGACUACCGGAAUAUGGAAGGGACGCUGCUUCUCGCCGUGAAACUCCUCUCCAGAGUGUUUCUACUGCUACUCCAAGAAUUAGCUCAGUUAACUACGUUCUGCAAGUUAUGGCUCGGCAUUCUAACCCGAAUGGAGAAGUACAUGAAGGUGAAAGUGCGAGGGAAGAAAAGCGAGAAGCUUCAAGAAUCCGUGCCCGAUCUCCUCAAGAAUAUAUUGCUCGCGAUGAAGACGAAAGGGGUACUCGUACAGAGAAGUGCACUCGGUGGAGACAGCUUGUGGGAACUGACAUGGCUUCAUGUCAACAACAUUGUUCCGUCUUUGCGAUCCGAGCUGUUCCCUGAUCACGAUUCUGGCUUGGCCGUUGACGGAACUGUCGCUAACCCUUCGAGCGGUUUAGCGGCUUCGUAAACAGCCACGGCCCCAGAUUAACACGUUUGUGAAUCGCUUGGGAGUAGUCGUCGUGAUCCAUCGUGUACAGAACUCAGAAAAGAGGAGUAGGAACUUGGGAAGUGUCGGAUAAUUCCUAAACGUAUCUGAUUGUAUUUGUAACCCAUUUACUCGCUCUGUUUGUUCUCAAGGCCGAGACGUAGGGAAUUUGUUCGACAAAGCCUCUGCCUGGAAAAGCAGGUUACAGUAUUGUGACCCACAAGUGCAGUGAAAAAAUUAAUGUAUUUAUAAUUUUUACAAGGUUUCAAGAUAGUUAAAGAGGUCCCGUUAAUUUUUUA